AUACCGGAUCGUCCAAUAUCUGGGUGCCUGGUGAGCAAUGUCGGUCGAUGGCGUGCAUCGAGCAUCGGCGUUUCAACAAGACGUCGUCCCAAACGUUCCUGCCGUCAGGGAAGAACAUUCAGAUUCAGUACGGAACAGGUCAUAUCGCGGGGGAUACUGGCCACGAUACGGUAAAAAUCUCGAGCGCUGUGGUUCUCAGGAACCAGUCGUUUGCCAUUACUAAUACGGAGGACCGCACGUUUGAGCUGCCACGGAGCCAGUUCGAUGGUCUCUUUGGUCUUGGGUUCACAGGCGGAUCCGAGGGCGGUGCGCGUUCCCCGGUGGACACAAUGGUACAGGAAAAUAUAUUAAAGGAUCCUCUAUUUAGCGUGAAGCUCUUCAAGGGCAGCGGCAAGUCCAACGGCGAGAUCACCUUUGGCGCCUACGACAAGGCAUACAAGGAUAAGCUCAGCUGGAUCGACGUCUACGGUAACUACUUCUGGGCAACCACCAUGGAGGGAAUAUACUACGGAGAUGAGCCAGCAAACUACCUCUAUGGUGCUGACAAGGUUAACAGUCUGAGUGGCGCGCUUACGGCUCAGGAGAAGGCCCGGGCUAGCCGCAAGGCCCUGCUGGAUACGGGUAGCUCCCUGAUAUAUGGCGAUGCCUUCUCGCUUGCUGCCAUGAGCACGCGCAUUGGCGCAGAUGUCCUUUCGGGAGAGAUUCCGUGCUCAUCGAUACCAAAAUUGAAGCCAUUCAAGUUUGUGCUCGGCGGGAAGAACUUUUCCAUGUCACCCAGCGAGUACAUCUAUCACGAUGAGAUCAACGAUAUCUGCGAGGUCCAGUGGAUGCCUGUUAGCGAGUAUCUCUGGGUGUUGGGAAUUCCCUUCCUGCAGUCGCAUUACUCUGUGUACAACAUCAAAGAGCGCAAGGUCGGGUUGGCCAGAAUGGAAAAGUAAUAUUUUUGACUUUAUGUAUUUUUCAUUUUUUUCUA